AUGGCAGCCAGUAAGACUUCGGAGCCGUUGCGAAUACCAAUUGGCAAUGGCAGUCCAAGCAAAGCCUUGCCUCUUAACCGAAUUAAAACCACAAAAUAUACUUGGUUCAGUUUCCUUCCAAUCAACUUUUACGAACAGUUUCGACGAGCGGUUUACUUUUACUUUCUCUUGGUAACGAUCGUGUCAUUUUUCGUAAAUGAUACAAUAUCUCCAAUGGUAUCAUUAUUGCCAUUGCUUUUUGUCAUGAUUGUGACUGCACUGAAGGAGGGUCUCGAGGAUUACUCUCGAUCCAAGAGUGAUAAAAUAGUCAACACAAGCAAAGUAACUGUUUUCAGAAAUAAUCAAGAAAUUUGCAUUGACUCUGAAUUCAUUAUGCCGGGUGAUCUUGUGUUAGUUUCCCCCAAUGGUGAUGUGCCCUGCGAUUUGGUUCUUUUGCAUUCCUCGGGGCCAGAGAACAAGUGUUCUAUUACCACGGCCAAUUUGGAUGGCGAGACGAAUCUCAAAACGGUUUUUGUGCCACCGAACUAUGUGUAUGAGUUGGAGAACCCAAAUGGACAGCUGGCCCAUAUCGUCUGCGAACGAUCCACCGCCGAUCUUUACACUUUUAAUGGUCGUAUUGAGGUGGACACUCCUAACCACUCUGUAACAGUAUCGCCACUGACAAUUGAGAAUAUGCUGUUGCGGGGUGUUCGAUUAAAUGCUGGAUCAGCUCCUGUUAUUGGAUGUGCCAUUUAUACGGGCAUGUCUACAAAACUCCAACUAAACAGUCGCUAUACGGGCAACAAGUGUGCCUCCAGCGAGAAUUACAUCAAUAAGUUCAUCAUCGCACUUGUCAUAGGCAUGGUUAUAAUUGUAGCCAUCCUCUACUUAAUACAGAGGUAUAAGGAGUCAAAAAUAUUUCCCACGAUGCCAUACUUGGGCAUGCCUAUCAACUAUAAUGCCAUAAUGCAGAUAUUUGGGGAUUUCUUAUCAUUUCUCAUUCUAUUCAACUAUAUGGUUCCCAUAUCAAUGUAUAUGAAUAUUGAACUGUAUCGCGUUUUUGGCGCAUUGUUCAUGCAGUCCGAUCUGCAUCUAUAUGAUGAGGAGCACGAUCAGCCGUGUGUGGUAAACUCAUCAAAUUUGAAUGAGGACUUGGGUCAGAUUAAUGUACUAUUUUCGGACAAAACUGGUACAUUGACUAAAAAUAAAAUGCGUUUUCUGAAAUGCUACGUAAGAGGUAAAUCCUAUGAUUUAGAAAACAAUCAUUUGUAUUGCCCAAAUACCACAGAGAAAUAUCACCUUGAAAUGUUUGAUCAAGACUUACUUAAUUUUUUUGAGGCUCUGUGCAUGUGCCAUACAGUCCAAGUACUGAAGAGUGAUAUUGAAACAUUGCCAGAUCUAGCCUCCGAGCAGGCCAGCUUAAUAAAUAAAGAGAUUGUGGGUAGAUACCAAGCAUCCAGUCCUGACGAAAAAGCCUUACUCAAGGGAUGUGCCCAUUUAGGCUUAAUAUUUGACAGCGACAACACCAACAUAGGCUUUAUUCGAAGAAUCGUCGAAGAUUCGAAUGGCACCCUGCAUGUCGCAGAACAAAAAUACGAACGAAUCCAUGUACUGGAAUUCAGUUCGGAGAGAAAAUGCAUGAGUAUUAUUGUUCGUGACUCAAAUGGAGUCAUAUGGCUUUAUGCCAAAGGUGCCGAAAAUAUAAUAUUUCCAUUGUGCAAAAAAAGUCCACUGAUUGAAGAGGCGGAUGCUGAGAUCACACGUUUUUCCAAAGAGGGUCUUCGUACACUUGCCGUGGCCCGACGCACCCUUACCGACGAUGAAUGUACUAGAUUCCUUAGAUUAUACGAGGAGGCUAACCGUCAACUAAACAAUAGAAAUGAACUGAUCGCAAAGUGCUAUGCAAGCGUGGAAAAUGAUCUAACUCUCCUGGGUGCUACAGCUUUGGAGGAUGCCUUACAAGAUAAUGUGAGUGAAACAUUAUCUGCUUUGCAGGAGGCGGGCUUAAAGAUCUGGGUGCUUACCGGCGAUAAGGUAGAAACGUCAUUCAACAUCGGACUGUCCUGCAAACACAUAACGCCUGAUGCCACCGUACACUUUAUGGUAGACGUUAUUGAAAAAACUGAGCUUUUGCGACGACUAGCAGAAAUAAGAAAUAGUUCUCCAUCACAAAAUGAAAAAAACGCGUUGGUAGUCGAUGGCAGUACUGUGGCGGCACUUUUAUUGCACGUCCCCGAAGAAUUCCGUGAGGUGGCCUUGAGAUGUGGAGCUGUCCUAUGUUGUCGCCUAAGUCCACUCCAAAAAUGUGAAAUUGUGACGCUGAUGAAGAAAACAAAGGACCACAUUACAGCAGCCAUUGGGGAUGGAGCCAAUGAUGUAUCCAUGAUUCAGGAGGCCCAUGUGGGUAUCGGCAUAAUGGGUCGCGAAGGAAAACAGGCAGCUCGUUGUGCAGACUAUGCCAUUGCUAAAUUCUGCAUGCUUCAGCGUCUAUUACUAGUCCAUGGCCAUUACAAUUCGGAACGUCUAGCGUUUUUGGUGCUCUUCUAUUGCUAUAAGAAUAUUGUCAUUACUGGCUGUAUGGCUUUGUUUCAGAUAUAUGAUUUAUAUUCGGCCACGGCUGUAUAUAAUGACAUAUUCUUGUGGCUAUUCGAUAUAGUUUAUCUGUCGGUCAGUUUCACAUUCCUGGCGUUUGUUGAGAAACCGUACAGUGAAGACAUACUUCUAAGCUAUCCGCAGCUUUACAAAAAACUUACCCAUAACAAACAAACAUCCUGGUGGAUAUUUACGAAAUGGAUCAUGAAUGGAGCGCUGCACACACUCAUCAUUUUCUAUUUUGCUUACUCUAUGAUGAGCAUUAACAAUGUGGUUCUUGACAAAGGCCAGACGGCUGAUUUUGCUUGCUUUGGCACAAUGCUGAUACAAACGGUUAUAAUAGUCGGUAACCUAAAGCUACUGUUGAUUGCGAAACAUAUGACAUAUAUUAACUUUGGCUUUAUUUUGGCAUCAAUUGCUGCCUUCAUGCUUAGUACAUACAUUUAUAACAUAGCCAGCAACAACAAUCUUUACUGGGUAUACAAUAUAUUCCUUAGUUCCCUGCCGUUAUGGUUGUUCACCGUUAUUUGCACAAUUUCGUGCUUAUUAACAGACUUCGUGGUGAAAGCAAUUAGCGAUAUUACAUCGGAUAAAUUACCAGGAGUACAACGUGAAAGCAUGAAAUGCUAA